AGCUGAGCUCCUCUGACAAAAACAAGGGCUGGGACUCCAGCAGGCAGCAGCAGUGUGGCUGAUACUCUGUCAGCACAGGCUCUGCGUCCAUCUUAGACACGUUUCUCUCUCUUUUUGUCUUCAUUAGGCUAACUGAGGCAGCAUGUCGGUGAAUUCAGGCCGUCAGCUCUGUAAGAUGUUCUUCUCUCUGCACGUUGUGUUCCUGAGCGUGGUGCUGGUGGAGAGCAGGGCAGCAAAUGAGAGUCAGACUGACUGCAUGACAUCAAGUGGUGUGGACUACAGAGGAGAACAACAGAGCUCCUCUUCUGGUCUGGGCUGUCUGAACUGGGCUAACUCCACCAGAGACUACGAUGUCAACAUCUAUCCUGAUCCACAGACAGGCGUGGGAGAUCACAAUUACUGCCGAAACCCCGACUCCUCUGAGAGGCCCUGGUGCUACAUCGCCGGUCCAGACGGGACCAUCCAGAGACAGUUCUGUGCUAUUGAAUUAUGCAAAGAAGAAGCUUCUGCCGCUCCAGCUGAGGCUGAAUCCCCGACAGGAACAACUCCGUCCACAGAGAGCUUCCAGCCCGACAAGUCAAAAACGUCUCAGGGAGAAGUCGCUGCAGUGCAGCCAGUGAUGGGGAUCAGCCAGAGAGUGCGCACAGGACCAAAGAAGAAGAAAGACCUCGGCACACUUGGCUAUGUCAUUGGCAUCCUCAUGAUGGCCCUCAUCGUCAUACUGGGAGUGGGCAUCACAUUGGGCUACUUCUAUAAGAGGGGUCGGGACUUAAAGAAGCAGCAUGAGCAGCGGGUAUACGAGCGUGAGAUGCAGAGGAUCACUCUGCCACUGUCCGCCUUCUCCAACCCCACCUGUGAGCUGGUGGACGAGAACACCAUUGUCAUCACGGCCGAGAACGAGACCACCCCCGUCCAGGACAACGUGGAGGGCGGCGACCCUCUCAUGGGAGGUCAUCAGGCCGGUACCCCCGGAGCGUGAGUGGGCUGGUGGCCCUCUUACAGGACUCUGAUAACGUUUUGUGGACCAAAACACUCCCACCUUGUUUUCUCCGCUCUGUUUUAAAGAAGACGGAGGACAGUGUUGACUCCAAAGACCUGAACUGAAUGCUGUGUCCUUUUUUCUUUUCUUUACUGCAGAGACACAGACAAGCUAACACGUUUCUUUACACCUAGAGACCACAGCAGAGAUGAUGGAGUGGUCUUUAAAUUCAAGUUUGACUCAUUUUAAAGCCAUGAAAAUGAAUUUUUUGGAUCCCCCUUAAAACCGUAUGAAUAUGGGGAAAAUGGACGUGUUGGUAGAGGUUUGUGAUGAAAAUUCUCCUACAGAGAUGGUGUUUUUAAGGAGAAAGUUCUCGACGUAAGUUGAGGGUGUUGAUGAAUAUGAGUUUUUGUUUUGACCUGCUGGCUGUGCCGAGGGAGACUCAGACACAACGUGUACAAAGACUGCUAUAUGUCCAAAAAUCUUCCUCCUCCUCUGAACCAGGAAAAAAAAAAACAAGCCCGCUGAAGACAAGGGAAACUGCCUUAGCAUGAUACUCCUGAAUGUAUCUGUGUAUCUUUCCUGGAGGAUUUUAUCCCCUCUCUGUACUCGAGUUGCUGGCCAAUGCUGAUGUAAAGCAUGAUGUUCAUUGGCGUACAACAAAGAGGGCUUGCCCUUUUCUUCCACAGGUUAAGGAGUGACAGGAAAUAUAACUGAGAGCUCUCAGGAAGAUUGAGAGAUUAGUCUUCAGGUUGAAAAUAGCAAAAAAAAAAAAGAAAGAAAGAAAGAACGAAAGCACUGCCACGACACAGAGCAGUCAGGGUGUGACGUCCUGUUUGCAGAGCAGGACUGUGAGUGGGAUGUGCUGCAAAACAAUGGUGUCUUUACCCCGUUUACAUGAUGCAUUAUCAGGGGUUCAUAUCAGUUUUGGGCAUUUGAAUACCAAGGGACAACUGUGGAAAACCAAAGACAUUGAGUUUUGUCACUUUGGACCAGCGCCGGGGACACGAUUCAAAUCACUAAAACCAGAAAAGCCUGGCUGAGCUGGUAGAGCCUAGCCUUAGUGGUGUUUACAUACUACUGUAUGUACAGUAGAGGAGGAUCCUCCCCUUAUAGCGCCACUAGAUUUGAAGUCAACACAAGAUACUUGUGCCCUGCAGCAGUGAUUCCCACCCUUUUCCACUUAGGCUCCACACUAGUCUGCUAUCUAAGAAAGGCUUAGCCCCUCCAGGGUUCCCUUAGAAAAAUGAAACAUCAAUUUAGUUGUUCUCAUUGAUAAAAUUCCAACAUAAUAAGACACUUGAUCAUACCAAAAGAUCUAUGCUAACUACUACUAUGGCUUAUCAGGGCAACUCUAAAAUGUAAAAAACAAUAAAGAGGAUUUGUGGAUUUUGAGAAAAAAUACGAAAAUUUUGAGUUAAAAAAAGUCAUAAAUUUAGGAUUUAGACAUAAUAAAUUUAGACAUAAUUGUCUGUGACCCAAAAAACAGGAUUUUUGAGGUUUUAAAGUUGUAAAUAGCAGCUUGUGUAGAAGAAAAUCAUAUUGGAUGAAGCUGUUGCACCAGUCCUGCAGUUGAGAGCCUGAUCAAAUGAUCCUUUAUACUAGGACUGAUCAAUAACGGAGUCCCUGUGGUUUUAGCAAAGAAACAACACAUUUAGAUUAUCAUCUGGACUUAGAAGAGACAUUUCAGUAAACUUGGGUUAUACAAUUACUGUUAUAGUUUUGUUUUGUCAAAGAUUUUUGCCUUUAUAAUGGAAACUUACAACUUAAAAACUUCACACUUUUGAGUACAAAAUGUUAAAAGUAAAACAAAAAUUCAACUCGAAAUUUUUUUUUUUUUUAUUGUAUAUUUAAGAGUGUAUUACCUCAAAAAUGUCUCUUUUUUUCUUAAAAGUUAACAAAAUCCUCUUUAUUUUUUAGUUGUUUACCAUUGCCUGAAUAUGUAGUCAUGCAUUGUGAUUCUUAUCAUAUGUUUUUUUAAAUAAUUGCACUUCUAAUUUUUUUUCAGAACAGACAAGACUACAUGUACCCCCCUAGGGGUGUCUGGACCCCAGGUUGGGAACAAAUGCUCUACAGAAACAAUUAGCCAAGAAGUUCCUAAGCCUGGUGUAGAGUAGUGAGAAGUCUGAUUCCCAAGGAGAAGGAGUCACAUGAUCUGAGCCAGUUUCAGAGAAUGUUGAAGGGUAGUAGUUCCCAACCUGGAGUCUGGGAUCCUCUGGGGGGACGCCAGAGAUCUCAAGGAAGGGCCAGAGGCUUUGUCUGCUCUGAGGUUGUCAGAAUUAGAUUUGCAGAUUUUAAGUAAAAUCAUAGUAAAGCACUUAAUUUAUACCAUGGUUUUUUGGAAAGAAAAACCUGUUAAGAGCCACUUCCUUAGGGUUUUAUCACUGAAACAAUUAAAUGGAUGCUGAUUUUUGGCUACAAUAUAAAAACAUUUUUUUUGUUAGGGUCUUGGGUCCAAGGAAAAAUGGUUGGGAACCACUGAGCUAGUUAUUUGGAGAUGAAAAAAACAAUAGAGGGGACAGUGCAGAUAGCAGGGAUCCCAGGUUUUGAGGGGUGCAGACUACAUACAAGCAUGAUUUAGCAUCAGAUUCAGGCAGCCGUGGUAGAAAAUAGGGAUUUACAGGUGGCAGCUUCAGAUCUGGCAAAUGCACUUGCGACUGUACCUCAUAAUCGUAUCUGGAGGGUGUUUGAGAGUGCCAGAAGUGGUGGUAAAUUUCGUGAAAACAUACAUCGGGGUUAUUAGGAUUUGACUGGCAAAGUCUAGAGGUAGGGAUAAUGGCCUGGUGCACAAGUCCUAUUUGGGGAAGUUUGGGGGUCAACUUUUCUCUCUUAAGCUUUGAGCCAAUGAUUAAAACCUCUGUUUUGUCCUGGAGCAUGUAGGGAUACCAAAACACAGUAAGAGAGCCCCUGAAAUGACAUAUGGGCUGUUGUUUGCAAAAGAGACUAUAACAGGAAGAUGUACUGUUAAUGGAGAGUAUGGAGGCAUGCUCUAAAGUGCAGUCACCUGGUAUCUAAACGGCCAAACUGAACCCUUAAUGCAAAAUGUAAACAGGGCCUUAGAUAAGCUUCACACAUCUGAUUUAUGCACCCGAUGCUUCAGGAAUGAAGUAGAAUAGAAACAGUCCAAAGUUCAUCCAGAAAACAAUCAAAAACAUGAAUGCAUGUCCAUGGUUACCUGCUGUAUGUUUGUAUUCAGGAGCCAUUUUUAGAACUACUGACUAGAAACAACAUUUUCAAAAUAUCUGCCUGGCAUAAGAAAUCUGCACACACAGAAGGGUUUAGUCUGUGAUGCACUGUUUGUUCUUCUUGUGUUCAUCACUCCAGGUGGUCUUGUCCUGAGCUGGAUCACAUCACUGGUUACUACUGCUCUUUAUUUGAAGUGUCUGUAUGCUGGCUCUUUAUUUAGUUUUCUUCACAUGAAUAAUGUGUUCAAAUGUUGUUCAGCAUUUGCAUUAUGUAAAUGUAUUUGUAUGAAUGCAGAUUUUCACUGCUGGGACUGAAAUAAAACAUCAAACAGA